AUGAACAAUGAAGAAUAUGAAGAUGAAGACGAAGAAGAUGAGCAGUCAGAUUUAGAUUCAGUUUUUUUUUUUUUACAGCUGGAUGAAGAUCAAGAUGGAUGGCAGACUGUUGGCAAAUCUUCAAGGCAUAAACACAAGGUUCCAAAAGAAAACUGGAACAGCUAUAAACGACCUCCUGAUGAGCAAGAAUACUCUAAUGAGGUAGAAUUUCGUGCUGGUGUGGAACCCUCGGAAGAUGAACUUGCUGAUCUUUCAAGAGCUUGUGAAAAACUGUGGCAUCUUGAUUCAAAUCGUUUGACACCUAACAAAGACUACGAAAUUGACUGUGGUGAAGGCAAAAAGGCUUACCAAAAGGAAGAUAUGGCACAGGGGAGCUUGUUUACUUGGGUUAAUGAUGAUGUAUUCAGAAAGCCUACUUUUGCUCGUUUUCUUUCUCUUUUAGAUAAUUACAAUCCACAUCAAGGAUGUAAGGAAGUAGUCACAUCUGAAGAGAGACAAGAACAAGCUUCUUUCAUAGAAGAAAUCAGUAGAACAGCCCCAAUUAAAUAUCUUCACAGGUAUCUUGCUUCCAAAGGAAUUGUAUCAGAGAGUUACCAAGAAUUCAAAAGAAUGAUGACCAAUCUGUGGUUUGACCUUUAUGGCCGUGGUGGCACUUCUGGUUCCUCUUCUGCUUUUGAACAUGUUUUUGUUGGAGAAAUCAAACAAGCUGGAGAAGUUUCUGGCUUUCAUAACUGGCUGCAGUUUUACCUUGAAGAAGAAAAGGGGAGAAUUGAUUAUCAAGGCUAUAUUUUACCCCGUCGACGGGGAGAAUUUCCUGACUCUGAAACCCAGCUUCUGACUAUUCAGUUUGAAUGGAAUGGUGUUCUGAAAUCUGUUUCAAGCACUUUGGUUGGAGUGAGUCCUGAAUUUGAAAUUGCGUUGUACACCCUGUGUUUCUAUGUUGGCGGGGAGGAUAACCACAUUCAGCUUGGCCCUUAUGAAGUUAACAUCAAGUGCUAUCGUUUAGGCAAUCGAAUUGGAUCUGUUUUCCCCAUUGCAGAUUCUUGAAUUUUCAACAAUGGUAAUAGUUGUUUGCAAUGAAAUUGUUUGUUAUGAAUACUUGAUAACUUGUCGUUCAUAGAUGAAAAGGCAACAAUAUUAAUUAGAACAAGUAGUACAAGGUAGCACAAUAUUUACAGAAGUACAUUUGAUGCCUCUUUUGUCUUGGAUAAAGAUGAAUUAUUGUGGAACUAGUCUGCUUCUUUUUUCUUAAUUUACUCCUCAACGAUAAGUUAUUA